AUGGCUCAUACCGGUGACAAUACUGGCGGGGCUCCCCCCGGGUUUAGCCCCUCUCUCAAAUCGAAUGCAUCGGCAUCCAACAGCGGGCCAGAUGAGGAAAAGCCAUCAUCUCGGUUCUCUUUUGACUCAUCGGCAUCCAGCUCAUCGAGAAAUGUUACGCAUGGCUCUCAAGCCCACCAGUCGAAGACCUCCAAACCUGAGAACGCGCCAGAUGUACAGAGCCAAAGCCGAGGAGCCCAUUCUUCUGCACGAUCAUCCAGUCGGACGCCAAGAAGACUCAGCGGAAGCACUGCUGCAAGCUCAAUCAGCGAGGUGGAGGUUAUUCCUGGUUAUCUCGGCAAGAUUGGCGUCUGUGCCCUGGAUGUGAAGGCCCGCAGCAAACCUAGUCAGAAUAUCCUCACUCGCCUUCAAUCGAAGGGUGACUUCGAAGUGAUUGUCUUCGGUGACAAGGUGAUCCUUGACGAGGCAGUGGAAAAUUGGCCGGUCUGCGAUUAUCUGAUUGCCUUCUUUUCCGACGGAUUUCCUCUAGACAAGGCUAUUGCAUAUGCAAAGCUCAGAAAGCCCUUCUGCGUCAAUGACUUGCCGAUGCAAAAGGUCUUAUGGGACCGGCGUCUCUGCCUGCGCAUCCUAGACCAUAUGAGUGUCCCCACUCCUCGAAGAAUGGAGGUUAACCGAGACGGUGGACCUACUCUUGAGUCGACGGACCUUGCACAGCAUGUAUACAAGCUGACAGGUGUCAAACUUGAUGGUCCCACCGACGGUACGGGGGGCGGUUCGCCGAGAACCAAAACCGUUGCAAUCUCCGAUGAUGGUGACUCGCUCAUUGUUGACGGCAAGAUCUUCAGAAAACCUUUCGUUGAGAAACCAGUUGAUGGUGAAAAUCAUAACAUACACAUCUACUUUCCCAAUGAUCAACAGUACGGAGGUGGUGGUAGGCGGCUUUUCCGGAAGGUUGGAAACAAGAGCUCUGAAUACGAUCCCAACCUUGUAAUUCCCCGGUCGGUUACGGAAAAGGCCACCAGUUACAUAUACGAACAGUUCCUCAGAGUUGACAAUGCGGAAGACGUCAAAGCUUACACGGUUGGUCCAGAUUUUUGCCAUGCAGAAACUCGCAAAUCUCCUGUGGUUGACGGGCUCGUGCGCCGCAACACGCAUGGAAAAGAACUUAGGUACAUUACCAAAUUGAGCAAGGAGGAAGCUUCAAUAGCAUCAAAGAUAUCAUACGGGUUUGGACAGAGGAUUUGCGGCUUUGACAUGCUUCGAGUCGGUGACAGAAGCUACGUGAUUGAUGUCAAUGGCUGGAGCUUUGUGAAGGACAACAAUGACUAUUAUGACAGAUGUGCCAGCAUUCUCAGGGACAUCUUUAUCCAAGAGAAGCGCAAGCGUGAUGGUAUUGUGGAAGCUCCUGAAGCACUGUCUCCUGAUCCCUCUCAUCCUUCAUGGAGACAUUCGGUGACCCACCGGCAAGCAUUGAAAACAUUGCUGAAGUCUCCCAGCUCGGCUAAGCCCAAUGCUGGCCAGCAACACAACAGGGUUCCAGACGCUGGGUCUACAGAGUCGCUCCAGACGGGUUUGUCGCUGUCUAACCAUGAUACUUUGGACCAGGGCAAUGGACAAAAACCCGCCGCUCCAAGGGAUAACGCGGUGUCUCCUAGUCUACACAUCAACCAGAACACGACCCAAGCCAAUACGCCUGUUGAUAAUUCAAACGGAGCUAACCCCCCGCCACCCGCAUCCAAGCAUUCGUGGAAAUUGAAGGGCAUGGUAGCCGUGAUCCGGCAUGCCGAUCGAACUCCAAAGCAGAAAUUCAAGUUCACCUUUCAUAGCCAACCAUUUAUCGACCUACUGAAAGGACACCAAGAGGAAGUUGUCAUCAAAGGCGAAUCUGCUUUGCGUAGCGUUUCCGAUGCCGUGGAUUACGCGUUGAGGCAUGGACUUGAGGAUACUGACAAAUUGAAGUUGCUCCGUACCUCCUUGGAGAAAAAAGGCGGCUGGCCCGGGACCAAAGUGCAAAUAAAACCGAUGUUCAGAAAACGAAAGCCCGAGGAGGGCUUAGAACAAUCGUCGGUUCGUGGCGAGGCGGUUGAGAAAGAGCCGAUUUCUCCUUUGCCCAGCGAUGCAUUUCAGGAUGGUGAAGACAUGGGCAGGCCGCAGACACGAAGUGAUUCGAUCUCUGGCGCGACGUUCUCGAGGUUUUCCGCGGUGGAAAACGACCUCAUCCUUGAUAAACUGCAACUGGUGAUUAAAUGGGGGGGGGAGCCCACACAUGCAGCACGAUAUCAAUCCCAAGACCUUGGCCUUACCAUGCGAGAUGAUCUAAAACUAAUGAAUAAGGAGGCGCUCAACAAUGUUCGGGUUUUCACAAGCUCGGAGAGGAGGGUCAGUACCAGUGCUCAAAUAUGGGCUUGCUCGUUUCUUGAUCAGAAGGAAAUUCCAGAGGGUUUUAUACAGGUCAGAAAGGACCUCCUGGACGACUCGAAUGCGGCGAAGGAUCUCAUGGAUAAGGUGAAGAAGAAGCUGAAACUUCUUUUGCGGGAAGGAUCCGCGCCUUCACAAUUUACAUGGCCAAAAGAGAAUAUUCCUGAACCGUCGGUUGUUUUGGCCACAGUUGUGGAGUUGAUGAAGUUUCAUCGGGACAUUAUGCGACAUAACUUCCAGAAGUUGGACAACCCUGCACGGACCUCUAUGAACGCAAGUGGGGAUGUUGACCAGUCAAACAGUUCGCGUCCUGCGGCCUUACCUAAUGGCAAUCCUGCAUCGUCUUCUAUUCAAGGACGCUGGUGUACAGGCGAGGAUCCCAUGCUUUUCAAGGAAAGAUGGGAGAAACUAUUCGCCGAAUUUUGCGAUACAGAAAAAGUUGACCCUAGCAAGUUAUCCGAACUAUAUGACAGCAUGAAGUUCGAUGCGCUCCACAAUCGGCAGUUCCUUGAGUGGGUUUUUACGCCUCCAGAUACUGAAGACAGCGAUUAUGGCGUACCGGACGUUCCUCGGAGGAGGUUUUCUAGGAAGGAACCAGCCGCGGAGGUGAAAGCUGGGAACUACGAUGGAGCCACCCAUGGAAAAACCGACGAGCAGCACAUUGAAGGCCAAACCUUGGCACAUCGAUUCGGUCUGAAGAGGCGUGCGUUGGAGUCCAUCCCGCAUUUGAGGGCACUCGACGACACUUACGACCAUUACUUCAAAUUGUAUCCAAGCUCUAAUUCAUCAAAGACUAAGCUGGAUUCUCGGCUUUCCAAGUUGCGGGAGUUGUACAAACUAGCCAAGGUGCUCUUCGACUACGUGACUCCCCAGGAGUACGGCAUCACUGACACGGAAAAGCUUGAGAUUGGCUUGUUGACAUCUCUGCCACUACUGCAGGAAAUCGUGAGGGAUUUAGAGGAGGUUCAGGCCUCGUCGGAUGCAAAGUCCGUGUUCUACUUCACCAAAGAGUCACACAUAUACACCCUUUUGAACUGCAUUCUAGAGGGUGGGAUUCAGACUAAGAUAGCUCGUUCCGCCAUUCCAGAGUUGGAUUACCUCUCACAGAUUUGCUUCGAACUUUAUGAAGCCAGAGAUAGUGAAUCAUCGACAAACUCUUACUCUAUCAGAAUCUCUAUUAGCCCAGGGUGUCACGCUUUUGAUCCGUUGGAUGUACACCUCGACUCAAGGCAUGCUAUUGGCUGUGCGCCUCGACGCAGCCUUACCGCACAUCAGGAUUGGAAGGAGGUGAUUGAGACGCUUAAAGCAAAAUUCAACACUGUCAAACUUCCAAAGACAUUUACGGCUGUAAACCUGAGCGAAAAGCUUGUGUCACGGCCUGUGUAG